GGGAGGGGAGAGGAGGAGCCUCGCUGCUUGCGGAGCGGACGAGGUGAGGCGACGGUGCGUCACUCGGAUUGCCGUGGCGGAGUUGAGGCAAUGGCUGUGGCCAAGUGGCUCCGGGAGUACCUGAACUGGGGCAGGCACAAGGGGCGUAACUCUCCUCGGGCGGUGAAGUCGGAGCCUGGGGGCUGGGAAGGGGUCAGCGGGACUCCAGCUCGGGCUGACACCGAGCUCAUGCUCAGAGCUUACCGGCUGCAGAAAGAGCAAGACUUUGAGGAUCCUUACGGCGGGCGGCAGGCGUUCAGCCUGCGGAGAGUAAGGGCUGCCUGGCACAGCCAACUGCCCGAAGAGCCGCCCUUCUCCCGCAGCAACAGUGAGAGAGCGAAAACUGGCAACUGCAACUCCGCAAAACAUCGGCUCAUUAAAGUGGACCCUCCCUCCCCGGCACACAGCGAAACCGCGAGCUGGAGCCACAGCAGUAACUGCAAGAAAGUGCAAAAACCCCAGCAUAACGACGUCAAGAAAGUACAGAAAGCCCAGCACAACGACCUCCAGAAAGAUACGGUUGCCAUGAGGGAUGACUACUCUGAUCCAUUUGAUGCUAAAAACGAGUUGAAGAAUCAAGUUGUCAAAAAACGAGAGGUGGACAACAAUGGUUACAUGGAACCUUAUGAGGCACAAAGAAUGAUGGCAGUAUUGCAGAGACUCGAAUGAACGGCCCUCCCCAAGAUCAAACCCAAACUUUGAGUCUGCUGCAUGGAUGACAUCUUGGUUGUCAGAAAACUGA